GCGGCUCUCCUGUUGCUCUGAGGAGGCAGAGCCGGUGAUUUUCCACUGGCGAUCAUAUCUCUCUGGUCCCCCCUCGUUUGAGGAGACAAAGGUCAGAAAGACGAGUUUAUAAAUAGGACAAAUUAAAGGCUCGCUGCGCGCUCAAGUCUCACUCGUGGACACAAGAGAACGUUUUUCCAUUUUUUUGGACGGAAUCAUUGAGAAUUUCCAUCAGGACAGCAGAAAUGGCUCAAAAAGAGAAGCUCCAGUGCCUGAAAGACUUCCACAAGGACACGCUGAAGCCGUCCCCCGGUAAGAGUCCCGGCACGCGACCCGAAGACGAAGCCGAGGGCAAGCACCCCCAGAGGGAGAAGUGGUCCAGCAAGCUGGACUUUGUUCUGUCCGUGGCUGGUGGCUUUGUUGGUUUAGGGAACGUGUGGCGUUUCCCGUACCUCUGCUACAAAAAUGGUGGAGGUGCAUUCCUUAUUCCCUACUUCAUUUUCCUGUUUGGUGGAGGCCUUCCAGUCUUCUUCCUGGAGGUCGCCCUGGGCCAGUUCACUUCUGAAGGUGGCAUCACAUGCUGGGGAAAGCUGUGCCCCAUCUUUACUGGUAUUGGCUAUGCCUCCAUCGUGAUCGUGUCCCUGCUGAAUAUCUACUACAUCGUCAUCCUGGCCUGGGGCCUGUACUACUUGUUCCAGUGUUUUCAGCCUGAGCUGCCGUGGGCCAAGUGCAACCAGCCCUGGAACACGGAGCGCUGCAUUGAGGACACGUACCGCAAGAACAAAAGCCUUUGGCUACCUUCCAACUCCUCCAACUUCACAUCCCCUGUCACCGAGUUCUGGGAGCACAAAGUGUUGGGCAUCUCCAACGGCAUCGACGAGAUCGGCUCCAUCAAGUGGGACUUGGCUUUGUGUUUGCUGCUAGUCUGGGUCGUCUGCUUUUUCUGCAUUUGGAAGGGUGUCAAGUCCACUGGAAAGGUGGUCUACAUCACGGCCACGUUCCCGUUCGUCAUGCUCAUCGUCCUGUUGAUUCGUGGCGUGACCCUGCCUGGUGCCAGUGAGGGCAUCAAGUUUUAUUUGUACCCUGACCUCACUCGCCUGAAGGACCCAGAGGUGUGGAUCGACGCAGGAACCCAGAUCUUCUUCUCCUACGCCAUCUGUUUGGGCGCCAUGACGUCUUUGGGGAGUUACAACAAGUACAAAUACAACUGUUACAGGGACUGUUUGCUGCUGGGAGCCCUCAACAGUGGUACCAGUUUUGUGUCUGGCUUCGCAAUAUUUUCCGUCCUGGGCUUCAUGGCACAAGAGCAAGGGGUGGACAUUGCUGAUGUGGCAGAGUCAGGUCCUGGCCUUGCCUUCAUUGCCUACCCCAAAGCUGUAACCAUGAUGCCUUUCCCCACGCUCUGGGCCAUCCUCUUCUUCAUCAUGCUACUGCUGCUUGGCCUCGACAGUCAGUUUGUGGAGGUGGAAGGGCAGAUCACAUCACUGGUGGAUCUGUAUCCGUCCUUCCUAAGGAAGGGUUACCGCAGAGAGAUCUUCAUCGCUAUCCUAUGCUGCAUCAGCUACCUGCUUGGACUCACCAUGGUUGCCAAGGGUGGCAUGUAUGUGUUCCAGCUGUUUGACUACUAUGCAGCUAGCGGUGUGUGCCUUCUGUGGGUGGCAUUCUUUGAAUGUGUAGCUGUUGCCUGGGUUUAUGGCGUUGACAACUUCUAUGAUGCUGUGGAGGACAUGAUUGGCUACAGACCAAACCCUUGGAUGAAGUGGAGCUGGUCUGUUAUCACUCCUUGCUUGUGCCUGAGCUGCUUCAUUUUCUCUCUGGUCAAAUACAAGCCGCUGACGUACAACAAGGUGUACAAGUAUCCUGAUUGGGCCAUCGGAGUGGGCUGGACUUUGGCUCUGGCCUCCAUGAUCUGCAUUCCCAUGGUGGUGGUCAUCAAGAUCAUUCGAUCCGACGGGCCGCUCAUCGAGAGGAUCAAGGCGGUUGCCGCCCCCGUUCGCGGGGGAGCGAGUUCCCGCCCGGCAGACCACUGCAGCCCCCGUGACCUGGCGUACCAGGCGGACUCCAUCGGGAACAAGGGAACGCUGAUGAAGGGUCCCAGCCACACCAUCGUAGAAACCAUGAUGUAACGCGAGCGGGAGACGCUCUCCAUGAGAUCGCUCUCCUCCCCCCUGCUGUCCUUCUAAAGCUAAAGCUAACGAGCCUUCUGUUUUACUGUCUCUCCGUCCGUGCGUCUGUCUGGUGGAAUGAAAAGGGUUUUAAGGAGAAAAAAAAAAAAUCGCAUUUUUCAGGAAUACUUUGGGAGGAUAGAAAAACAUUUCCCAUAUGUCUCAGCUGAAGACGCAAUAAUUGAUUAGAUGCUGCUUCCAUUACUGGACAAGAACUUUGAUUCAAUAUUAAACCUGUUGGAUCCAA